AUGGGGGAUUACAAAUCGAGGCACACGCCUGCAACCCCCGAGGAAAAAGCUAGAUUUCUCCCCUCCAAUGCCCCGCACCCAUAUUACUAUGGCCGGGUUGCUAUUGCCCUGCUCGCUGGCCAUGGGAAAUUGUCACGGGAAUUUGUUGGCCUUUUCGGGUUUAGCGCUACUGGACUGCUGCCCAAGCUGGCUGACUAA